AUCCAUUUCCUCUAUAAAUAUCCACGUUUGGGACUGGAUUCAUUGUGCCGUUGAGUUCCGCUUCUUCUGAGGUCUGGUCUGCUCAACACUCUUCUCCCUCUCUCUCAAAACCAAGGACUCAGAUCCGCACGUUAAUCUUUGUCCCAGCUUGUUAGAAUGGAGACCUUUCUAUUCACAUCUGAAUCCGUAAACGAGGGACACCCCGACAAGCUCUGUGACCAGAUCUCUGAUGCUGUGCUCGAUGCCUGCCUUGCCCAGGACCCUGACAGCAAGGUUGCCUGUGAAACAUGCACCAAGACUAACAUGGUCAUGGUCUUUGGAGAGAUUACUACCAAAGCCAAUAUAGACUAUGAGAAGAUUGUCCGUGACACUUGCCGCACCAUUGGAUUUGUUUCUGAUGAUGUGGGUCUUGAUGCUGACAACUGCAAGGUCCUGGUCAAUAUUGAGCAGCAGAGCCCUGAUAUUGCCCAGGGUGUCCAUGGCCACUUUACCAAGCGCCCAGAAGAGAUUGGAGCUGGUGACCAAGGCCAUAUGUUUGGUUAUGCCACUGACGAAACCCCUGAAUUCAUGCCUCUUAGCCAUGUCCUUGCAACUAAGCUUGGGGCACGUCUUACUGAGGUUAGGAAGAAUGGCACCUGCCCCUGGCUAAGGCCAGAUGGUAAAACCCAGGUUACUGUUGAGUACUACAACGAUAAUGGUGCCAUGGUUCCAGUUCGUGUUCACACUGUCCUCAUCUCCACCCAGCAUGACGAGACUGUCACAAAUGAUGAAAUUGCCGCUGACCUCAAAGAGCAUGUUAUCAAGGCUGUCAUCCCUGAGAAGUACCUUGAUGAGAAGACCAUCUUCCACCUCAACCCAUCUGGCCGCUUUGUCAUUGGUGGUCCUCACGGUGAUGCAGGUCUUACUGGACGUAAGAUCAUUAUUGACACUUAUGGUGGCUGGGGAGCCCACGGUGGUGGUGCUUUCUCUGGAAAGGACCCAACCAAGGUGGACAGGAGUGGUGCUUACAUUGUUAGGCAGGCUGCCAAGAGCAUUGUAGCAAAUGGGCUUGCCCGCAGGUGCCUCGUGCAGGUCUCCUACGCCAUUGGUGUGCCUGAGCCCUUGUCCGUCUUUGUGGAUAGCUAUGGAACUGGAAAGAUUCCCGACAAGGAAAUCCUCCAAAUUGUGAAGGAGAACUUCGACUUCAGGCCUGGUAUGAUCACCAUCAACCUGGACCUCAAGAGGGGUGGCAAUGGCCGGUUCUUGAAGACAGCUGCCUAUGGACACUUUGGAAGGGACGACCCAGAUUUCACCUGGGAAGUUGUAAAGCCCCUCAAGUGGGAGAAGCCUCAAUCUUAAAAUGGAGCUUUGCCUGUCCCUGCUGCUCAGUGCUUGCUUAUUCACAGUGCUGAAUAAUCAGGAUUUUUCCGUGCUGCCGUCCUAUAACUCUACUCAAUCCCCCUAAUGUUCUAAUCUCAUACAUAUGAUGGCCUUAUUCAUUUUCUUUUUCUUUUCCCUUUUUUAUUUGCUCUUUUGUCUGGGUUGUUUUGAUUUUGUGUCCUUUAUCAGCGUCGGUGUCGCAAAAAUGUAUGAGAAUUUUGCUUAAUAUUGAUGGCACUGGAAGUAACAAGCUGCCCCCUCUUAUGAUUGCUUGUGGGAUAAUCAAAUGUAGUAACGUGGCACGUUGGGAUAAUCAAAUUAUUGCUCUAUUUCUUUC